GCAAGCAUUCCCGAGGAAGAGCUCCAAAUGAGCGUGAUAGAAUGCCUGCGACCAGUUGUUCCAUCUCCCUGUUUCCUUGUGGAUGAGCACCCUCAGGGCGAACGGUAUGCAGAAGAGUAUCGCCAGCAAUGCUGCCGCUGAGUAUCCUACGGAGAAGAUGAUAAAAAUAUGAUAAAAAAAAACUAGUUUUACGAGUGUCGUCAACGUUAUCGGGACAGCCAUGAACAUCAGCGUGAACGUGAAAUAAACGAGAAACUGUCAGCACUUGGUGUGUCCCAGGAAAUGAGAGAGAUUCACACAGCCAUUGGGCCAGGUUGUAUGAGUCGACAGGGGAUAAUGGAGCAGGUGAGACAGCAAGGGAGGCAUUCGAGGGAGGAGGACCCACGACCGUCUGGCAAUAGUCACUCAGAAAAUCAACAACUUGAUUUGAGCUUCUUCACUUCCAUCGACGAGGCCACUAAGACUUGGCUCAAGUACUUGCAUCAUAUUUGGGACCUAUGGAAAAAGAGUGACGCUGUCACAAAAACCCUUUACGAUUACUUCGAUACAGCACCAAAUCCUUAUCUCAGUGCUUUGCGACUUCUUGUUAACACCGCAGACUUCAACAACAUUAAACCGAAAGCCUCACUUGCUUUAACAGUAAUGAAUGAUUUUCAAAAGUGGCUGUCACUUCACAAGGCAGCGUACUCUGAAUACCUAUUUCCAGAUUUGAAAUUGGCAGUUUUAAGACUUGUGAUGAAACAGAAGAGCAUGCAACUGGUGAAAUUAGUCUCCAGUACUUACGAGCUGGAGACGAAUAAUGAAUUAUUUCUUCCUUUUUUGAAGAGUAUGCUAUACGAGAAAAAGUACAAAGAAGUGGCGCAAUACGCCACGAUCCUGCACCUCCAGUCGCACUUCUCCCAGCCGGAGGUUCUCCUCCUCCCCCUGAUCCUCCAAACGAAGAACACAGUGGCGGAGGACUUCAUGGCCUCAUCCCCCGAGAUCCAAAAGGACUUCAUAACCUACUUGGACGACCUCCUCUCCCCCUCGAAGAUAAUGCAGCAAGUCCUCGACGAAUACAUCCUAUCCAACGACAUCCCAGACGUCAAGAUGUCGACCUCCUACUCUCGCCCAAUGAUGAAGCUCAUCGCUCGUCUGGUAAAGGUCUACAACUUCUCCUCCGACAUCUGUCCAAACCUGAACCGAAAGCGAGGAGAGGGUGCGCUGCACUUUCUCAUCUACAAGAGGUUCGUCGACGGCACCUUGAGCUCCCAGUGCUGGAGGGAAAUGGCAAGGGAGGCGGUGGGUAAUGACCCGAGACUCCAACUGGAUCUGGUCACAGGAAUAACUUCCCACGACAUUGACGAGGCUUUGUACUGGGCGAGAGCCUUCAACAUUCCCAAAGAUCAACUGCCAGUGUCAGUGGCCAACCUGGACCCCCAAGUCCCCCUGCAAUCGGGCACAAACGAACCCCCUGAGGAGUCCUGGGACGACGCCCCCCAGGACGGCAUCAAUUACCACACCCUGAGGCUCCCGAGGGAUCGAAUAACGCUUGUGGACACCCCCCAGAAGUUCUCGGAGUUUAUCAACCAGGGACUGAAGGGGAUCUCCAUGGUGGGGAUUGAUGCUGAGUGGAAGCCCUCGUUCGGGGUCAAGAAGAGUGAGCUUGCACUCAUACAAAUAGCCACCGAGAACGCUGUGUUCAUCCUCGAUGUGACGACACUGAGGCCAGACAACUCGGAGAUAUGGAAGCAGUUGAGUGUGAGACUGCUGGAGGACAAAAGUAUUGUUAAAAUUGGUUUUGGCCUGACUCACGACAUCACGAUGUUCAAGGAGUCACUGCCAGCUCUGGGGGAGAUCAGGGGGGGACAAGCGGGUUUUCUGGAUCUGCAUCAUCUCUGGCAUAAGCUUGUGAGGGAGUACAAACUGGAAUUUCCGUUCCGGGGGGAUCAGAAUUUCAAUGGCGAGAGUCUCAGCAAACUCGUUGAGAUCACUCUGGGCAAUCGAUUGAACAAGACCGAUCAGUUCUCCAAUUGGGAGAGGAGACCGCUGAGGGAGGGUCAGAUUGUUUAUGCAGCGCUGGACGCCUAUUGUCUGCUGGAGGUGUGGGAUGCACUGGCUGUGAUGUGUCUUGGGAGGGAAAUUCCACUCUUCGAGAUCUGCGGGGAGCUGCAGCAUCUGCCUCAUCAGUCCCCCAGCAAACCCAUGAAGAAGCCCAAGGAGAGGACUCAGGGGGACAGGGCCAGGGGGGACAUGCGGGUGGACAAAGGCGAGGAUAAGAUUGAUGGGAGGUUUGGCGGGAAUAUACCUGCUCAUCAGUGGAGGGUUGUCUGUGAUUCUAUGCUAUGUGGGUUGGCUAAGCAACUCCGCAUGUGUGGCUGUGACUGCGUUAAUAUUGAGUACGAUAGGGGUGGACAUAAAUCCGCACGAAUAGCUGCUAAUGAGAAGAGGGUGCUUCUGACACGAAAUGCCAAUCAUCAGAAGUUGGCAGAGCUGGCUGAUUUACCCCCCGAGAAUUGUUAUAAAGUUCUCAACGACAAGCCUGACGGCCAAUUGCAGGAGGUAUUGAGCCAUUUCAAUAUUAAACUGACUGAGGAGGAUAUCUUCAGCCGUUGUCAAAUCUGCAAUCGCGAUGAAUUUCUCUUGCUGUCGAACAAUACCCUCUGGGAUCUGACGAAAAGAUUUACAAAUGGUUACCACUACCCUCCUCCCAGGGGUAAUUCGCGCUACGAAAACGAUCGUAACACAGUGGAGAGUUCAUCCAGAAAUACCCCAACCGAGGCGAGAAGCAAUCGUCCGUGGUCACUAUCAACAAACACAUUGAACUCCUCAAACUGUACGACAAAGUAUGGUGCUAAAAUUCAAGUGGAGAAGGUACCAGGAAGUGUUCUAAAAUCAGUACCUCAAUUUUACGUGUGCGAGGGCUGUGGCAAAGUAUACUGGGACGGCUCCCACCUGGAACGAACUUUAAAUGGGAUAUUGAAGGACAUUAUAAGUCGAAAUUGAGGUGUAGUUUAAUGAAUUGUCUUGGAAGUUACACGUAAACGUUUGCCCUGUACCUUCUCCACGAAAAUUAAACUACGAACAAUACUUUGGCUUAUCCAAGAUAGCUAUUUAGGCUUCAGUAAGUACAUUAAAAACCCCAACUAAAGCUUCCACUCUAAUAGGAAUUUGGGUCUUGCAUGAACUUUGUUCACCGUUGAAUGUUGAAUGUGAAAAUUGAAGGGGAGAAAUGUCAGACGCAUAUAUUUUUCUAGUUUGAAAUAGAACUCCUCGAUUUUUCAUCAUUUUCAAAAAUACGCGUCCAACAUUUCUCAUGAAACUUCGGCACUUCAUCAUUUUGAACAUCAUAAAAAUCAUGCAACAGCCCAAUUUGUUCACUAAUACAAGUAAUCAUGGACUGGAUCAGUUUGAAGAAGUGAAUUCACCUCGAGUGAGUCGAUGAGACGUCGUUAAUACGUGUCGUACGCUUAGGGACCGAUUUUUCAGAAUGGCCCAAUCUAAACUCAUAGUACAACAUGCUGUCAACGUUCUAUUAUCCUCUAUUGUUCACCAUUUUGUUGGUUUUUUUAUUAUACAAAUAUAAAUAUAUAUUUUUGAGUUUGAAACAUUUUUCUACGCGUAUUAUGCAGUGAUUAUGAAAAUCGUUCGCUUCCUUGCGGAUAAAGCAUAACUUUGUGAUUCAUUAUUAACUUUCUUUGCAUAUAAUUAACAGAUGUAAUUACGGAUGUAAGGUGAAACAAGGUAUUUGGUUAAGAAUAAAGAGGAUCAUUUAUUCAAACAAA